UUCAUCCAGCCUCCCAGACAGAUUCGCUUAUUUUAAAGAUAAAAAAGGACGUCUACCUAUCUUCACUUAUCAUGAGCAUAUCAUGUUUUAUUGUGGGGAGGUGAAGAAGGAGGGAAAUUGGACAUGGUAAAAAAAGCAGAGAAAUGAUGGUAUCUGUUGCAUGUCUUUUUGUAGGAGUCCCCAUGGUGAUCAUUUGUAAGUGAAAAGAAUGUGGGAACAGAGAGUCUGCUCCCUGAUUGGACUGCUUUGUACUUGCAAAAUGAAUUCUGAUUGGGCUAAAUGAUUCCUAACUAGCAGGAGUUUAUUUUCAUUCACUUUUCUCCCAAAUAGAGGAAUCUCCACUAGCACCCUUGCAGGUUUGUAAUGUAACAAGAUUAGUUCUGAUCUGGAUUCCACUGAAGUUGUACUCUUGGGAUGUAAAGGUCAUGUGUAGAAUUAUUAGGAAUAAGGAAGAGUGGAUCGAUAUGUUGUGCAGGUUGGAUAAUAACGUCUAAUGGAAUAGCCUGUAUUGACUUUUUAUGGAAAUCUGGUAUUUUUAAAGUCAUGGCAUCUGACAGUGAAGUGAGGACACUUUUAAAUUUUGUGAACCUAGCAUCUUGCGAUAUCAAAGCUGCUUUGGACAAAUCUGCCCCUUGUCGGAGGUCUGUGGACCAUAGAAAAUAUUUACAGAAGCAAUUGAAAAGAUUUUCUCAGAAAUAUUCCAGAUUGCCACGAUGUACCCCAAGCAAAAGUGUGGACCUGCGGAAAAGUCUGCUGGACAGACAAAACACCACAACCCUUAACAAUGGAUUGAGUGACAAAGCCACACAUACAUUAGAAAAUAUUAAUAAGGACACUUGUGCUCAAGAGAAUAGUACUGAGGCUGGAAGUCCUGAUCAGGUGCCCAUGCGAAAGAGGCAGCUGCCUGCAUCAUUCUGGGAGGAACCGAGACCUUCUUCCAGUCUUCUUGAACUGCAUUGUCCUUCUCAACCUGAUAUCAUAUAUAAGGAAAGUACUGAUACCUCACUACCUCUUUAUGAAACCAGGAGAGGCAAAAACGUAGUGAUCCAUGGAAGCCACAGCUCAGCCAGUUUCUACCCUUCCGAGGAUAAGGAGUCUGGAAAAUUGCCCUCUGUGGCUUCCCUUACAGAGUUGGUGAAUGCUUGUAGCUGCUGUCCAUUUCAGUACCAUGGACAAGCCAUGUACCAACACUAUCCUGGAGAACUGUCUCCUAACCCAUUCACUGGUCUGACUCUAUGGAAUAAAAGCACUGUGCCAACUUUAGAAAUUCAGCACCUUUGUAAGGAGUCAUCCCAAAGGAUAUAUAGACAUGUGGUCCUAAAGCCAAUUCCUACAAAACCAGCUGUCCACAGCUCUCUCUUUAAUGUUUUUGGAUAUAUUUAGUGCUAACCUUUCAUGACACCACAAUUGUUUCAAUCCUGGAUUAACAAACAGCAUCACCAUACAAUAUCUUGUAGUGAUCAAGGCAAUCCAACCUCUAACCUGAUGAACAGAAUGGCAGAGGAUAACAUUGUACAAUAAAAUAAAUCUUUUACUUAUCAAUUAUCACAGAAAGGAUCUUAACCUAGAAUUGUUUGGCCACAUGCAGUUCCUCUAUAAAUUAAAUAAAGAAUUUGUUUUUGGGAAAAUGUUAAUAUGAACUUUCUAUCAUUUCAGUGAAAACUGAUAAAUCUGCAACUAUAAUUUACUUGCAAUGAUUUGGAAAAUUUGUAAAGAAAGCGUGCAUUGUUUACAUGUAAGUAUAAAAAGCUACACAAAUUAUUCGUUUUUUGGACAUAUCAGAAGGAUAUUUGUAUAGAAUGGUGCAGUAAAUUUUAAUUUAUUUAGAACUGGUGAAUAUGGUUAAAUAAUAUGUGUUUAAAUAUGAAAUAGCAUAUUUUGUUCUCAAGUGUCAGCUUAUACACCAAUACCAGGAUUGUUUUUAAAUAUUUUUUAAUUUAUAGAAGUAAAGUAUGCCUUUUUAAAUAAACAUAUAAAUUGUGAA